AUGCCAAACAUCAAUCGGAUCAUGUCGCUUCAAGCAGCUUCAGAAGGGCGAAAAGAUUUUCUUUGCCACUACUGCUGGAGUUUCCAAAGGCAUUCCAAUGAAAAGUCAUGGAGAAAACACGUCUUGGAGGAUCUAAGACCCUAUAUCUGUACAUUCCAAACCUGUGGGCUGAAGCUUUUCGAGGAUCGUCAUUCGUGGUUUCAACAUGAAACGCAAAACCACAGAAAUAAAUGGAGAUGUAAUUUCUGCUACCAGACGCCUGCAAACCCCGAGUUUGAGUCCUAUUCCAGCAACGACUUCGAAAGACAUUUGUCGUCUCGCCAUGGGGACAAAGUGCCCAGAGCACUUCUUCCUGCCAUCAUUCAAUCUAACCGAUACCUGCCUCAUCAAAUCUCACCAGCAACGUGCCCUUUUUGUGAUGAAUGGGCGGAUGCGCUAAGCAAGGCCAACCCAUUACCACCUGGUAAAGACUUAGUGGUGACACCUGAGGAUUUCAUGAAGCAUGUGGGUAGUCACUUGGUGGAAAUCGCGCUGUUUGCUCUUCCUCGCUCUCUUGAUGAUGAAAGCAUUCCUGGCUCAGAUGCAGCAGUAGAUCUAAGCACCAUGAGGAGUUCAUUCGAGAACACAUCUCUCAACCUUUCUCAGCCUCAAGAAAGUGCCGACUCCGCCGUAAUGGCGCUUGACGAAUCAGAUUCAGAUAGCGAGAUGCCGCACGGUGCUACCCCAGCAGAUUCAACUCUGGACGUUGAGACGGUCAUGCCACAUCUUCUUUCCGCGACUUCGGACACUGCAGGAAGGCCCAUUCUCGCCGGUGUCCCGUUUGCUCGGCCCUUCUUUUUCCGGAUCACACACGUUAGAUACAAGGAGCAUCCGAAUCAACCACCUCGGUUGGUUCCUCCAGACUUUUUUUGGCAACCGAAUUCAUCUGGGAAGUUCGUCGCGGAGGCCUCUAGUGGGCUAUGGAUCUGGGAUCCUGGAGCAGCUGAACCACUCAAUCCACUUCUCCGGGUACGGCGACCAACUACUGCAGAGGCUGCACGAUAUACCACAUUGAAAUCAACGACACUAAUCUGGGAUCCUGAGCGACACAAUUACAUAAUUGCCCCUAUCGAUUGUACAACUAAAGUGAUGGAGCCUCUGUGGCGAAGGCUAUCUUUCUCAGGGCCCAAACGCCGUAUUGAAGUGAUUGGAUUCUCCCGAGAAGGGUAUUGCCUUCAUGCUAUGGGACCAGAGCAUUGGUUCGAGCAACUUCUACCUGAUACCUGCCAAGCACAAACAAACAGUGAAACAUGUUCUAUGCUAGCUGGUGAUCUCAGCAUCCUCGUGGGUCUGAUUGCUUUCUCUGCUCGUCCGGAUCUUGACGUUCAGGCCAUCGAUCAAUCAUUCAGAUCAAAUUUGCGAUCAACGUGCUUUCAACCGAACACUCUGCCAAAAUCUCCAAGAUUUGGCCUUUACAUCUCGCCAUGUCUUUACAUCAAACGCCUCGCCCGGGGCCUGACCAGGCCCGUCGAGCGGGAGCACUUCCACGAACCGCUAGUGUCUGCGGAAAUAAGCGAAAGGGCACAUGGGAUUAAACGCCCGGGCGACGACAGGUUUGCCGCUGGAAUCUGGUCAGCGCUUGAUUUGGUCCAAAUAUGGGACGGACCCGUUCAAGCCGGUAAGGAUGACGCUAUGCUCGAAAACAUUUUCAUAAGUAUUGAUAAGAACCGCUUCGAGACUACACUGCACAACAAAUCUAACGGGAUCGAGGUGCGCAAGAUAUGGGGCAGCAGCCCUGUCCUUGGCAUGGGAUGCCUCGUCGGGGCCCAUUGA